AUGACUCGAAUGUACUAUCGAGACAAUGGACGAAUAAUGGAAAUGAUCGAAGAUUUCGGAAAAUCCUAUCGAUCAUCUGAUGUUCUUCAAUGGUGUUUUCAUUCACCAUUCCCAAAUCAUUUUCUUCUUCACGCCAUUCAUUUUCGCAAUUUAGAGCAAUUGAAAGUGUGUCGAUUUAUGUUCAUUGAUACAUAUCGUUUCUUUCAGCAACAACCGAAACAUAGAUUGAGUGAUCAAUUUUAUCGAGGAAUGAAAUUAACUACAGCAGUUCUAGAUCGAUUUGAAAGUCAUGUUGGUAAACUUGUGUGUACAAGUGACUUUUUUCCAUGUACUAAAUCAAGAACAAAUGCUUUGUCAUUGGCAUCAUUGCCCAACUAUCGUUCUGAUCUACUGUCGGUUCUCUUUAAAAUUGAUUGUGAUUCGACAAGUAUGUACAGUCAAGUAUCAAAUAAAACGUCAUCAAAUGUGAUUCUAUUCGGUGUUUCAAUUUCAUUUCGAGUGAUUAAUGUCCAUCGAGGACCAAUGUCAGUCAUUAAAAUGAAACCAGCAGUCACCGAUGGGCAAACUAUUGCGCAAGAAUAUUUUAAAGAACAUCAUGAUCAAUCAAUUCAAGCAAUACUCGAUGAAAUUUUGGCAGUUCCUCGAGUUGAAACUCCUCCUCCUCCUCCACCACCACCACCACCACCAUCUCUAGCAAACACAUCAGCAAAUUCCAUUCCCACCAGUUUAAUUCGCAACGCCGAUGAACUGAAAGCACAGAAAUAUUUGGAACAAGGUGAAAUCGAUUUAGCAUUAGCUACGUUUCGGAAUAUUCAAGCACCUGUUUCUGCUCGAAUCCUGAACAUGAUUGGACGACUGUGUGUUGAGAAGAACAGAGACUACGAGUAUGCAUUGGAAUGUCAGACACGAGCAUUGAAAAUUCUAGAACAGAAAGGCGAAGAUAUAUGUGAAACAUUGUUUGACUUAGGUCAUAUUCAUCAUCUUCGUGGUCAGUAUGAUUUAGCGUUAGAUUAUCAUCAACGUGCUCUUGGUAUUCGUGAAAAAAUUCAUCCUGAUGAUAUUGCUGCUCAGUCAUCUAGCCUACUUGCCAUUGGCAAUGCUUAUUGUGCUCGCCGAGAAUUUGACCAGGCUAUCGCUGCAAUAGAACGUUGUUUAACUUUGCAAGAGGCACAGCAACCUGUCAACGAAGUUAGCGUCGGUACUACUUUGGCAACGCUCGGCAACGUUUAUCAAGAUUCAGGAAAGCAUCGUCAAGCUCUCGAAAUGUGUACACGAGCAUUGACUAUUUUUGAACGAAAUCUUUCAUCGGAUUCAGACGUAGUGGCAGAAUUGUUGGAAACUAUGGGCGCUAUUCAAUUCGAUCUACGAUUACUCGAUAAUGCUAAACAAACUUUUGAACGUGUUGUCGAUAUUUACACCAAAACUCUUCCACCAGGAAAUCCAGCUCGAGUAUCGGCUGAAUUUGAACUUAAACGUAUUAGCCAGAUAGUUGAGAAGAGAAAAAGCAAAUCGAAAAAGCCAACUUGA